AUGCCGUCGUGGAACGACGGUGAGAGCAGCAGCCAAGACAGUCUGCUCUCUGAGUUCGCCAAUGGGGCCGAUCUGAGCCCAAUGUCUCGGGAACGUGUCCCAGAGACCAUGUAUGACCCGAAUUACGCCGGUGUUCAUGCUGGGCCGGAGCGCUGCCACCACCACUUGCCGUGCCACAAAUAUGUGGCAUUCGACGGGACGAACACGGGCCGGAGGUUCUUGGGCUGUGGAUGCAAGGAUAAUAUUUGUGAGACAGUAUUUUGGGUGGAUCGGGAGUGGCCACAAUCUCUGAAACAUGCAUUGCUCCAGUUGUGGCAUUCAUUUGAGGAGGAAAAGGAAACCAGAAUCUCUGGUAAUGUCGAGUAUGCUACUGCCAAUUACCAGCUAGUGCUUGAGAAGAGGGAGCUGGAAAAGAAAAACCUUGAACUGCAUAAACAGCUUGGUAGCCUGAGUAGUGAGCAAGAAGCAAUGGUUGCAAAAUCUGCUGCUGAACUUGAGAAGGUUAUGAGGGAGAAGGCAGAGCUGCAGAUUGCCACUCUUAAGGAGGAGGAGAAGAAGCUCGAGUAUUACGUUGCAGAUCUCUUCAAUAUUAGAGAUAGAAACCAGAAGAAGAUGAAGGCCAUACAAGAGAUUUGUGCAAGUUGGGAGUGA